CAUCUCCGAACAACCCCCAACUCUCUCUCUCUCUUCCUCUGCCUCACAUUGAGCUUAAUCUCUGGAUUUUUUCAUACUCCUCCUCCUUCAUGGGUUGUGGCGUAUCAAAGUUUGAGGUCGAAGAGGAAGACCCCAAGUCCGUCCAUGUUCGGAGAAGCGAUCGUCACGCCAGAAUUCCCAAGACAAAGGUAGAGGAGGACGAUGUAGUCAUUGAACAUGAAGAGCAUGCGCGGGUGAUGAAGAGGGUUGUUGGUGCUGAUGAGAGACCAGAAGUAGUAGUGGAAAAGGAUAAUAUUAAUAGGGAAGAAUUAAUAGAGCCUAAAAAGGUGGUUGUGGUAGUUCCUCCACCCACGGUGCAGGUUGUUUAUGGCGGCGAUGAAAAGGAGGAAACACCUGGGAGGGAAGAUUCUAUUUCCUGCAAUCCUGGGUCACCAAGUUUUAGGGACUAUUGCAUUGCUCAUGACUCUGGGGAUGAUGAAGACGAUGAGGAAUUUGGAGCAAAAGAAGAGAAGAUAUCUACCAAGGAGGGACUUCUCAAGGGUGGCAAGGUAUCAGGGACACGGGCGACAAGGAGGAGAAGAGUUAGGGGAUUGAGAAGUGUCCUACACAGGGGAAGUGCUAGCUAAUUUAAUUUAAUGUGCUUGUACAAAUUAUUAAAGAUUCUUUGUUGUUGUUUAUAUAUUACAGUCACACGCGUUGUAGUAUAUAUGUUUGUCACCUUGCGAAAUUCCAUGAAACAUCCAGCUAGCCUUCCCAUAUUGUAUAUGCA